AUGAUGUUCUUUGAUGAGUAUCACCACCCUUUGGAGCCACCACUUCCACCCAUUACGCCCCAUUGUGAACAAAAAGACGACACUUUUAAUGCAACAACUGACAACACUAUCGCUUUGUACCCGUUACCACCUGUCAGCAUGCACCAAGGUGAAGACGACCAAGUCAUGGCAACAACCAGCGACGCCAUUACCAACCUGGCUACUCAACUCAUCGAUCAACUUGACACGCGUGCAAAGGCAUUAGCCAAUGGAGCCCAGUUUGACCUUGCGUUACGGGAUGCUGCCAUGGUUCGAGCAUUGUCACCUACAUCGGCACUUGGUUACUUGAGAGCAGGUUCAGUGUAUCAGCAGCAAGGACAUCAACAAGCCGCUGUGAGUAUAUACAAGCAAGGCCUCAAGGUUGUAGCACCCACUGAUCCUGGAUACACAGAACUGGAGACGUCAUGUGCUGCUGCUUUGGAUGCUCAGGCGAAGGUGAUUGACUUUGUCAGCGAGCUACCACACGACAUUGUUUCCAUGAAGAUCGUUCCAUUGUUGUUUGACAAGCUGGAGGAGUACAAGAUAUGUCCUUAUCUCUAUGUAUCAUCCACCUGGCACAACCGUAUCUUGGCCAACAACGCAUUGCAUCUACGUAUGUUCCAGGAACGUAAUAUCCUUGUUUUCCCUGAGUAUGACAUGCUUCGUUACACGCGUCACUACAAGUCGUUAUCCAUUCAUCAUCGACAUGAUUGGGCUCGGAUCUUGAAGGAGAAGCCUUGGCCAAGACUUACUCAUUUGGACAUUGAUUGUAUGGGUCAUCCACAACUCCUCAAGCACUCGUUUGGAUCCAUCGGUUCGACGUUGACCCAUUUGAAUCUUUCAUCUUAUACAAGGACGCGUCAAGAAGACCCCAUUUCUUUUGCAAGUUAUAUUGGAGGGAUAUCCGAAUUUGGUUUCUUUGGAGGCAUCAAGCAUCGUGAAUGA